AUGAAAUUACCAUCGUCUCCUGUAAUUGUUUAUUUGAUGAUUUAUUCUUUCUCAUUUUUAUUAUCAAUUAUUUUACACUUUAUCUUACUUCCAUCGAUUUCAUCACCAUUAUAUCGGGUUUAUGUUAUUGACUUCUGUAUUACAUGUAUUCUAUUUUUUAUUGGUAAUUAUGUUUUUUCAUCAAACAAUAUUUAUGACCUUCAUUGGCCUCUGAUUCCAUUGAUAUGUUCUAUAUACUUCAAUUUUACAUUGAAUUCACUUGAACCUUUUUCAUUUAAACGUCUUUCACUUAUUAUUUUUAUAUGUAUAUGGUCAUCACAUUUAGUGUGGCAAACAUUAUUUUCAUCAGAUAAUAUUCAUCAUGAAGAUUGGCGUUAUCAAUUGAUGAGAAGAAAAUAUGAAAACAAUUUUUAUUUAUUUGCAUUUUUCUUUUUACAUUUAUUACCCAUGCUUGAAGUCUUAAUCGGUUCAUCAUCGAUCUAUUACAUCUAUACUAAUACUCAUGUAUAUGGAAAUUUAACGAUGAUGGAUAUUUUAUUAUUGUUAAUUAUUUUUUCCGGUGUUCUAUUGGAAAAUAUUGCUGAUAAUCAAUUAUCAACAUUUCGACUUUAUAAACAAAAAUCAAAGGAACAACGAUUUUCUGUUUUAUCAGCCGGUCUUUGGAAAUAUAGUCGUCAUCCAAAUUAUCUCGGUGAAAUAAUAUUUUGGUGGGGUCUAUUUUUUCUUGGUUACUAUUAUAAUGCGCCCUUUUGGUGUGCACUUGGUCCAUUACUCAUUAAUUUAAUGAUGUAUUUUGGCUCGAUACCAAUGACUGAAGAACGUUUAUUUAGAAAGUAUCCCGAAUAUAAAUUUAUUCAAAAACGAGUAUCAACUCUCAUUCCAACAUUUGGCUACUAG